AUGUUCUGGAGAUUUGGCGGUUACGCCAACAUCUCCACCAUCGAUACCAUCCUCGAUAAAGAAGGCUUCCAACUCGAAGAUCUCCUCGACGAGAGCGACCUGAUCCAGGAACUGAAGCAACACAAUACGAAGCUCAUCGAGUUCAUGCGACGAGAGGACAUUCUGCAGAAGCUCUUGGAAUACGUUGUCGCACCCAAGCUCGAGCCCGUGGAGAACCCCGACGAGAAGGAGGAGGAAGAGAAGAAGGGCAAGUCCCGCCUAUCCUUCAGCCGACCCCGUGCCUCGUCGCGGGCUACAAACGAUGGCGAAAAUGAAGAAGACGAGGGCGAAAAGAAGAGAAACCGGUAUGCGUACGUGGCGGCCGAGGUGCUGUCUUCCGACAACUGGUCCAUCUAUGAGGCUCUAAUGGAGAACACGGCGCUGCUGCGUAAAUUCUGGAAUUUCCUCAAGCUUCCUGCGCCUCUCGAUCCCCUUCAAGCGAGUUACUUCACCAAAGUCAACGAAUCCCUGUUCGACAAAAAGACCGAGGACAUGGUCGAGCUGCUGAAGUCUCUCGACGGCGCGGUACCUGACAUGCUCAGACACGUUGACUGUCCCAUGAUCAUGGAUCUGCUGCUAAAGAUUAUCAGCCUCGAGCGAACUGAUAGUGGUCAGGGCGUAGUCGAGUGGCUCUACACGAAAGACGUUAUGCCAACUUUGCUCUCUUUCCUCGGGCCUGAGCACAGCUGGGCUACGCAAACAUCGGCCGGCGACUUUAUGAAAGCUAUCAUCACCGUAUCUGCCAAUGCCUCCCAGAACGAGCAGGCCUGUAUUGGCCCCAACGAGCUUACGCGGCAAUUGGUCUCGACAACAUGCGUCGAACAGCUGAUACAAUACAUGCUCGGUGGUGGGAACCCUUUAACAGUAGGUGUAGGUAUCAUUAUUGAAGUCAUCCGCAAGAACAAUUCCGACUACGACCCAGAGGUUGGCCCAGAUAACAAUGCAGCACCGUCGAGUCGGGAUCCCAUCUACCUCGGUACCCUCCUUCGUUUAUUCGCCGAACACAUCCCCGAUUUUAUGACCCUGAUCAUGAAGAUGCCCGCCCAGGGGCAGCGUCUGGACUCGACAUUCGGAGACAAGAUAGAGCCUUUGGGCUUCGACCGGUUCAAGACGUGCGAGCUCAUGGCAGAGCUUCUGCACUGUAGCAACAUGGCGUUGUUGAACGAGAUUGGAUCAGAACAACUCAUUGCUGUCCGAGACGAGGAACGUCGGAGGAUGCGAGCCGAAGGUCGACUGACUGUCAGUCGGGGCGAAGAGGCACAAUCGUCUGAGGAUCUCGUAAUGCGCGGCCGGCAUUCGUCACCGGAUGAUGGUCGUCGAUUAGAGGUUACUAAUGCUUCCGACGAUGACGGCUUCGAAGAGGUGACACCCGCUGGCGAGAUGACUGAGGAUACUUCUCAUGAAUUUGUCAAGGCAGAGGAGGAGAUCCAUGCCGGUCCUUCUGCAUCAUUUCUUGAUAAGGACGAUGACGACUUUGUAGACGAGCCGCUGAGCUCCCCUAGACUUAACGUCCAGGAGGGCAAAGUCAACGAGCAACAGUUCGAAGAGCCGGAUCUAGCCCCGGCGCCCCUGUCUCCGAGGAAACCACCCGCGCUCCUCAGCGUAGCGCCUUCGAGCGGUGAUGCGAUUGUGGAGUCGGCGGAUAACCAGGCGGCAACCGCACUUGACAACAUCAUGUCUGAAUCGGAAACGUCUAAGACACAGGAAUGGGGCCAGCCCAUCGAUCGAGGUUCCCAGGCAGAUGCUCAGACGGCGUCCGAAUACCGAGACACCGAGCCCAAGUCUGAGCCAAUAGAAGUGGAUACAGACACGAAGGCUCCGGCGCCGGCUACCGAGCAAGCGUCCGCGACGGUCUCCGGCGAACAGUUGCCGGCUACCGCGGAUCAGGCCAUGCCUGAUGUAUCCGAGACGGGUGAAGUUUCCAUCAUCGUUGGACACCAGGCCGAUGCUCAACCGGCUGGCGAUAGUCAUCUUAAACCUGUGGUAGGAGAUUUUCUCAAAAUGCAGUUUGUGGAGCACAAGGUCGUCCCGACAAUACUGUCGUUCUUUUUCAAGUAUCCCUGGAACAACUUCCUUCAUAACGUGGUCUACGAUAUCGUGCAACAGGUGUUUAAUGGACCCAUGGACCGCGGAUACAACUCCACUUUGGCCAUCUCGUUGUUUGAGGCUGCUGACGUUACCAAUUCCAUCAUCAAUGGCCAACUUGCUAGUGAAAAGUCACAGGCAGAGACCAAGACUCGCAUGGGCUACAUGGGGCACUUGACCUUAAUCGCCGAGGAGGUGGUUAAGUUCACUGAGCGUAACCCACCCGAUCUCCUGUCCGAGCUGGUGGUGGAGCGAGUAAUGAGCCAGGACUGGAUUAACUAUGUCGAAGGAGCACUGGCGGAGACACGAGAGAGGGAUAAUGCCAUCCUGGGCGGUGUUAGACCCGAGGUCGCUAUGAGCAACCGAGCGGCGCUGGCCGGUAAUGGCUUGGGAAGCAUGGGACUGUCUAGUCUCGGCUUGUCGCAGGGAGGAUCGAACGCUCUUGCAGAAGCCGGACUCAACGGCAGUGGAAGCUUGGAAGACAACGGCAGUGGCAGUAGUUUGGGGCCUUUUAGUAUAAGCCACGGUAUACUGUCCGGCGGCUCAGGCUUUAAUUCGAGUGACGAGGAAGACGAUGAAUCCGAGGAUAAUGAAGAAGACGUCAAUAACGAGGUUAGUGAUUCCCUUAUCCCUGACGACAGUCAGACACCACUUUCACCAAGCACACCGAGGAAUGUAUCCCGCGCCGCGGCGGCUACUAGGGCACUCAGCUCCGUCUUGGGGGGGAACGACGAAAUCGAGUAG